AUGCCGCCUGCCCCGAAAGCCGUGUCAUCGCCAACUGCUGACCCUGCGGCAGCCCAUCCUGAUCCUCCGGCCGUUGCGGCUCCUCCGGCUGCCGUGGUCGCUCCUCUUGCUCCCGUUCGCCCGGAGCCUGAGCAAGCGGCUCCUGGUCCGUCUGUUGUGCCACUGGUUGCCCCUGUUCCUGCCGCCCCUUUGAACGCCGCUGCCCCUGCUGCUCUUGGCGGCGACUUGGUGCUAGCGGCGGUGUCCGCCACCACUGGCUGCCCGGCCCCGGCGGUGGUGCCUGCCGAGGCUGUUCAGUCGGCGCCUGCCGCGCCUCCGCUGGCGACGCCUGGGCAGCAGUGUCGUCUGCAGUCUCCCGAUCGCCGCCCGUCACGACCCCAUUCGCCCUCCCCGUGCGAUGAGCGGGAGUCCUCGCGGCCUCGGCAGGAGUCUCCUCAGCGCCGCUCAUCGGGCGGGAACUGGCACGCGCGACGAGGUGGGCGCGGGGGCUGGAGGGGAGGUUACGGUCGCGGACGUGGUGGCUCGUUUGAUGGGCCGGUGACGAUGGCGGACUUGCAGCGGGUUGUAACAGCUGCGAUGCACGAGGAGAGGGCCCUGCAGGCGAACCAGCAGCUCCCUUGUGCAACCGCCGCUCCUCCUCCUGUUGCGUUUCCUGUGGCUGCACCAGCGGCGGUUGCUCCUCUGCCUCCUGCUCCCCCUGCUCCCUAUCCGUCCCUUCUGCCCUGUGACUCUGCUUUUCGUGCUGCUGGCGCACAGUUGUUUCAGACGUAUGCGGGUUCUUCCCGCGUGGCAGAGGUUCCGGAGGCGACCCUUGGGCAGCUGUGGCGCCUGGCCGAGGGUUUGCGGGCUGUUCAUCUAAUCCAGAUGCACGGUCACGCGGGUCUCUCCCUUGGGAACACUCUGGUUGGCGGUUCCCGGGACGAGUGUCUUGACGCCGCGGAUUGGCUCGCGGAGCUCCUGGCACCCGUGUUGGCUGCGCCCGCGAGGGGUGGAGUUGCGGGCGUUGGACAGCUGGGGACAGCUGUACGAGGCUUGAGGCGCUUUUUGCGCGCUGGGACUGCAGCCGAUGUGAUCGGCGCAAGCACGGCGGUGGUGCGGGAGCUCCACCGCUCUCUGACGGGGCUCCUUGCUCCCCCCCGUGUCACCGAGUUCCCUUCUCCCCAGCCCCUCAAGCCGCUCUAG